GCAUUUUUUUUCUACUACCCACCACUGCUGAUCGCCUAGAGUUGCGGACCCACUUCCAGAACGCUCAAAGGUUGUUUGGUACGGAUCUUGGCGAACUUGUGACAUCAGGCAAUUAAAAAACUCGAUCUGGUUUGAAGAGUCACGUCAAGGAUUAUUUUUUAUCCUGAAAAAAAAAUCGAGAAUGGAAGUGUCAACAAUUCUGAUGCUUGUAGUACUUGCUACGACGACGCAGGCGGUCUGCGCUAGUGUAUCUCUCGUUCGAGAAGAUUUGAAACAAGUCGCGACGCCACGAGGCUCUCCAAUCGACGAAGGUUCCAUGCAGGCAAUAUUACACGGUGUCCAACAAGAGCAGCCUGAAUCGUUGUACCUCUUGGCCAUGAUGAAGUUCUACGGCCACGGCGUCGAACAAAAUCUAGAAGUUGCAGUGACGUUGCUGAGCAGAGCAGCAGAGCGUAACCACCGUGACGCCGAGUUCGCUCUUGGUGUGUUAUAUGGACAAGGAGAAGGAGUACCGCUCAGUGACAGUUUGAGUGCUUCGUGGCUCGCAAGGAGCGCUGCACGCGGACAUAUUGAUGCGAAAUGGAUGUUAGCCACGAUGUACAAUGAAGGACGAGGAGUCAGUGAAGACGUAAAUCGCGCUGUCGAUCUGUUGCAGGACGCCGCAAACUCUGGAAAUGGCCACGCUAAGUUCCAUCUCGGCGUCAUGUACGAGUACGGUCGUGGCGUGGUGCAGGACUUCAAAUCUGCAGCCGAUUUAUACCGCCAAGCUGGCGAGCAACAAGUACCCGACGCAUUUUACUACCUCGGUCUACUAUAUAUUCAAGGUCGCGGCGUUGAGCAAAGCUUCGAGCGUGCGCGAGAGUACUUUCAACAGGCUGUGGAUCUCGAUAGUGCGCAAGCCAUGUACGCAUUGGGUCAGAUGCACAUUCACGGUCAGGCGUCUGUUGUGGACUACUCGCAGGCUCUUUACUGGCUUAAACGAGCCGCUGUUCAAGACGACAUACGAGUCAGUUCCACGGCACGAACUGUGGCGAACGAGAUCGAGCUGGUGCUUAGUCAAGCGGAGCUACAGGUGCAGCAGAGUGAGCGAUUACUCGGAGUACCCAUUCACGUUCAAAUUGGUACAAUUGAAGGAAAUUAAGUAAGAAAAAGAGCUGCUUGUAGCGAAAAUGCUGCGUAUAUUGGGUCUAUCAAUCUACGAGGACUUGGGCUCGGCGGCAAGCGCGCGCUCCAGGUCGGCGAUGAUGUCCGGGAGGCCCUCAAUGCCGACGGACAGACGGAUGAGGCUGUCGGAGAUGCCGAUCUCCUUACGCACCUCCGGGGGCACGGAAGCGUGCGUCAUAAUAGCGGGGGACUCGGCUAGUGACUCGACAGCGCCAAGACUCUCAGCCAGCGUGAACACCUCGAGGUUUUCCAGGAAGGCACGGGCCUUCUCCAGGCCACCAUGGACGUAGAACGUGACCAUGCCACCGAAGCCAGACGCCUGCGUCUUGGCGAUCUCGUGCUGCGGGUGGGACUUGAGCCCGGGGUAGCACACCUUCUCGACGGCAGGGUGGGCCUCCAGGUACUCAGCAACAGCCUGAGCGUUCUUGGCGUGAGUGGCCAUACGAACGUGCAGAGUUUUGAGACCACGCAGCGCCAUGUAGCAGUCAAAGGGGGCGGGCACGGCACCGAUGCCGUUCUGGAUGAAACGUAGCUUAGUGUUGAUGUCCUCCGAGUUAGUGACAACCACUCCGCCCACAACGUCACUGUGGCCGUUGAUGUACUUGGUGAUACUGUGCACGACAAUGUCGGCGCCCAGAGUCAGAGGGUUCUGGAAAUAAGGCGACAUGAACGUGUUGUCCACGGCCAGAAGCAGGUUGUGCUUCUUAGCGAACUCAGACACGGCACGGAUGUCCGUAAUCUUGAGCGUCGGGUUGGUAGGAGUCUCGAUCCAGAUGAGUUUGGUCUGGCCGGGACGCAGCAGCUUCUCUACCUUGUUCAAGUCACCAAAGUCCGUGAAGUCGAACUCGAUAUUGUACGUAGGGUUGACGGUCUGGCGGAAGUAGCGCUGCGUGCCACCGUACACGUCGUCAAUGCACAGCACGUGGUCUCCGUGCUUAAGCAGAUGGGUCACAGCCGUCGUGGCAGCCAUGCCCGACGAGAAGCAGACGGCGAAGCGGCCCUUCUCGCAGGCAGCCAGCGCGCGCUCCAGAGCGCCACGCGUCGGGUUGCCCGUACGCGAGUAUUCCCAACCCUUGCCAAACGAAUUGGCCUGAUUGCGACCGGCCACGACGCCAGGGGACGCCUGCGCAAAGGUGCUGGCAAGCGUGAUGGGCACGGCCACAGCACCCGUGUGCUCGUCCGGAGCCUGGCCUUCGUGGAUGGCUGUGGUGCCGAAGCCGUGGUGCUCGUCGACGUAGUUGGAGGCGGCGCUGCUCAUACUGAACGGGUGGAUGCAAGACACUUGUGCUGGAGGAGGCAACUUGGAGAAUGACGUCAGCAGAACUGUGGACGAACGGAUUGGAUGCGCCACAUCCUACCACAUGAAAAAAAAAUCUGAUUGGGCAAGGAAAUGGAUACAUAAUCAGGCCUGUAAAAGUGUCUCGACUCGUCUACGAAUCCUCAAGUAGAUUUGGCUGCUGCUGGACAUGCAUUCUGUGGACGGUGUUGACGUCAUGCAAACGAUAAGCGCUUUCUCGGUUGUCACGCGUGUACGCGUGCUGCGUUCGUCCUACAUGUACUCGAUGCAACAGCGAAAGAAUACGGUGGUUGUUUUGGAUGCAUGUUGUUCUAGUUGAAUUUCAGGCCAUUCGUCAACUCUUGCGCUUACCGGUACCGCCUUGUUUUUGCUGGAGGAGAUUCAUUCAAAUCUGCCCGUGUUAUUCUUCAA